AUGAAGUGCAGCAUUCCAAGUAUUCUUUCGCUGGCGCUCCUGGCCGGCCAAAUCGAUGCCCUUGUCUACAAAACUUCCAAGCCAAGGGGUUUUGUCACAACCGAGGGGCAAAAGUUCAAGUUGGACGGUGAGGACUUCUACUUCGCUGGCAGCAACGCUUAUUACUUUCCGUUCAACAACAACGAGACGGAUGUGGAACUAGGUCUCCGAGCUGCCAAAGAUGCCGGACUUAGUGUCUUCAGGACUUGGGGCUUCAAUGACAAGAACGUGACCUAUGAUCCCACCGGCUUACCCCAGUACGGCGCCGAGGGUGCCGGUGCUACUGAUGUGGUCUUCCAAUGGUUUGCGAAUGGUACUUCUACCGUCAACGUCAACGCGUUUGACAAGGUUGUCGAGGCCGCUACCAAGACCGGCAUCAAGCUGAUCGUGACCUUCACCAACAACUGGGCCGACUAUGGCGGUAUGGAUGUCUACACCCUCAAUCUUGGCGGAAAGUACCACGAUGAUUUCUAUGUUCUCCCCAAGAUCAAGAAGGCCUACAAGCGCUACGUCAAGACUAUCGUGACUCGCUAUCGCAACUCACCCACCAUCUUUGCCUGGGAACUAGCUAACGAACCCCGCUGCGGCGCUGAUGGCACUCGCAACCUCCCAACCAGCGGCAACUGCACCACUGAGACACUCGGUUCGUGGAUCAAUGAGAUGAGCACGUACGUCAAGUCUAUCGACCCGCACCAUCUCGUCACCUGGGGCGGGGAAGGCGAAUUCAACCUACCCGAGGGCUCGGAUGACUGGGCAUAUUCCGGGGGUGACGGGGGAGACUUCGACCACGAGAUCUCUCUGCCAAACAUCGACUUCGGUGUCUUCCACUCAUACCCCGACUGGUGGUCGAAGACCGUCGAGUGGACCAACCAGUGGAUAAGGGACCACGCCGCAUCGGGAAUCAAGGCCAACAAGCCCGUGGUGCACGAGGAGUACGGCUGGCUGACACCCGAGAAGCGCCUCGAGUAUCUCAACAAGACGGCCGCGGCCAACGAGACCAGGGUCGCUGUCCUCGGCGGCUGGCAGAGCAUUGCCGAGGAGUCAGAGAUGCCUGACAUGUACUGGCAGUAUGGUUUCUCCAAUUACUCGUACGGGCGAAACAACGAUGAUGGUUUCACCAUCUUCUUGGACGAUGCAGAGGCCCAGCCUUUGAUAUAUGAUCAUACCGCGAGGGUCAAUGCUGCAUAG